UCCAGCCGGUACCCUCUCAUCCUCAUAGCAACCAGCAGCGAGCAACAAUGUCCGCCUUCCGCAGAGCGUUGGCCGUGCUGGCCAGCAGGCUGCACCCUCGGUCGCCGUCGAGCAGCGAGCUGGUCGGCUGGCCGACUGGCAGGACACGGAGGCGGGCCGCCGGGAUGUGUUUGGCGACCGGGGGAGCCAUAAUGGCGGCAUUUUACCUGUACAACGAUAAAUCAAAAUACAAACGCAGCGCCAACCGACUGAGUCGUUUGCUGCCUUCCGUUCCCGCCGUGGCAGCCAAAGAGAAGGCUCAUCCGUACGACUUUGACGAAGGCGAGGUCCACAUGUCGUCCCACGAGCAUCGCUUUCGCCUCUUCAGCUCGGUGGAGUUCGAGGGACAGCUGUACAUGACGCCGCACAACUUCAUCGAGUCGGUCACCAUGAGCGAGCCCAGGAACAGCAGGGCCUGGCGCUCACUGACCAAGCAGGAGCUGGAGAAGACUCUGUCAGACACUCCGCCGGUAUGGAGGGGAACCUCCAAGCUGUUCCGCAACCUGAGGGAGCGAGGUAUCAUCGCAUACACAGAAUACCUCUUCCUCCUGUGCAUCCUCACCAAGCCUCAUGCUGGCUUUAAGAUCGCCUUCAACAUGUUUGACGCCGACGGCAACGAGAUGGUGGACAAGAGAGAGUUCCUAGUGCUCCAGGAGAUUUUUCGUAAGAAGAACGAGAAGAGAAAGGGGAGAGGAGAUGUUGACAAGUCAGCCCAGUUGAGUAUGCAGCUCUAUGGAUAUCAUGUCGCUCCUAUCAACAGCGUGUUAAAAAAAGACAGUGAGGAGUUUGUGGCGCGGAGUUACUGGGACAUCCUGCGGCGAUGCGCAAGUCAAGCGCUCUUUUCUGACCUGGCGGAGCGGACAGACGAGAACAUAAUGACAGACACCACCUUAUUGGUCCAUUUCUUCGGCAAGAAGGGGAAGGCGGAGCUUACUUUUGAUGACUUCUACAGGUUCAUGGACAACAUCCAGACCGAGAUGCUGGAGAUAGAGUUCCUCAACUACUCCAAGGGCAUGACCACCAUCAGCGAAGAGGACUUCGCCCGCAUCCUGCUGCGCUUCACCAACGUGGAGAACAUCAACGCCUACCUCGAGAACAUACACCACUGUAUCCCUGAUGACAAGGGCAUCACCUUCGACGAGUUCAGGUCCUUCUUCCAGUUCCUCAACAACCUCGAGGACUUUGCCAUCGCCAUGCAGAUGUACAACUUUGCUGCACGCUCCAUUGGACAGGAUGAGUUUGCGCGGGCCGUGUUCGUGGCUACGGGGCUCAAGCUGACACGCCACCUGGUCAACACCAUCUUCAAGAUAUUCGACGUGGACCACGACGACCAGCUGUCCUACAAAGAGUUCAUCGGCAUCAUGAAGGACCGGCUGCACCGUGGGGCCAGGGGCUAUAAGUCCGAGGAGCGCUUCACCUCCUUCAGGUCCUGCCUCAGGAAGGAGCUGGCCAGCAGCAGGUGAACGGAGAGCCAGCGCACCUCCUUGACCAGGAGGGAGGAGGACCAAGAGCCAUGGAGCACCACACCCCACCCUGAGGAACAGCUCCAGCAGGCAUGACCAGCUGAAGCUAGGCUAGACGAACACUCUCAGCCAGUCUGGCUACUGUGGCACUCCUCUAUUUACUCCUAUUUCCCCUUCUGUCUAAGAUGCAUUCUCCUGGAUAGAAGUGUCUGGAUAACCCUAGAUAUCACUGCUCUGAGCCAGCUUAAAUCUGAAUACAAACCAGUUAAGGCCACUUAAGAUGCACUUCAAGUCCAUAAACUACUGUUCUGUUUAUAUUUCUACAGCCAUCUCCUCUUUUUACUCAAAUUCUUGGAAAUGUGAAAAAUUGUAAUAGGCCUAUUAAUGUUUUAAUAUAUAUGUAUCUAUGUAUGGAUAAAUACACAUUAUAGCAACUAUAGUUGGCCUAUAUAUAGGCUUAUGAUAUACAAGUUAUAUGAAGUUAUAACAUAAGAAUGACUAGUGCUAUAAAUAACUCCUGCAUGGAAUAGCAAUAGUAAAGUUUCGGAUAAGCACUUCACUAGAGAGCAACUGUGUAUGUGCGUGCGUGCGUGCAUGUGUGUGUAUGUUUCUUAGUAUUUUGUAUAAAUGACGAAUCCUCCAUGGAGUCUCUUGUCAGCCGCGGUGAGCGACGUGUGCAUGUAUCCACACAGGUGCCUUCUUAACCUCAAUUAAUAGGGCUUGUACAUCAGAAUGCAUCAUGGGAUCUUCUGUUGGUGAGACUCCGCCCUUUGGAGAACACCCGAUAGUCGUAGUAACGCAAAAUCCUGAAGCAACGUAAAUAUACUGUAAACUUGGCCAAUGAAAACAGAAAUCAGUUCACGAUUAAUGACAAAAAAUGACCAAAUCACUAUGACUUCCAACACAAUAACUUACAUUCCAAUACUCCUAUGCUUCCAACAUGGAGGUGGUCGCUGUGAUGUCUCGAUGAACAAGCCCUAUUGUCCUCCGUCCAUCUCCUGUCAACAAAUCAAGCUGCUUUGUUCAGAUUCUGAAUUCUAAAAACAUGUGAGAUGUCUCACUAGGGUCAAAUGCGUCAAUCUAGGGCACUUUGAAAAUGACAAUGUAAUGCUCCUCCAAAAAGGAGGCGGUCAUUGCGAUGUCACGCUGAAUAAGCCCUGUAUAGAUCAUCUAUUCUGACCCGUCCACAUGUUUAUCCGAACCUCACAUAAUAUCUAACAUCUGAUCUGAUACUUCCAGAUGUUGUUCUACGGAAGGAAUGGUCAGCGCACGAAUAAAAAGUUACCAUGUUGAGCAUGCGCUCGUUGUCCGUUCUUAAAGA